AUUAAUCUUACUGCUGGGAUGGUUUUUAAACAUGCCCUCUGACUCAUCCGACUCUCUGCAUGCAAGUUUCCUUGAUAAAUAUUUUAUAUUUGUAGACGUUAAAUACGUUUUGGGAAAACGAAACAAUGUAGAGUAAGCUUCACUCAGAUAUGGACAGACACAUCUAUUUCUGGACUUAGAAAAUGGAUUUGGACGAUAAACUAGUGCCUGGGGAUCUUUUGAGUAGAAUUGGGACACGACCACGUGGGUGUAAACAUGCCAGCAAUUUUUAACCAAAGAGCUCUCACAUCAGUCACGGUUACAUAAGCAGAGAAAGAGUGAGAGAGAGAGAGAGAGAGUGAGAGAGAGAGACAGAGACAGAGACAGAGAGACAGAGAGAGAUACAGAGAGAAGGAAGAGAGAGAGGAGCAGUGACAGACAGAGAGAGAGAGACAGAGAGAAGGAAGAGAGAGAGGAGCAGUGACAGACACAGCGAGAGAUAGAGAGAAGGAAGAGAGAGAGGAGCAGUGACAGACAGAGAGAGAGACAGGGAGAUACAGAGAGAAGGAAGAAAGAGGAGCAGUGACAGAUUGAGAGAGAGAGAUACAGAGAGAAGGAAGAGAGAGAGAGCGACAGAGAGAGACAGAGAGAAGGAAGAGAGAGAGAGGAGCUGUGACAGACCGAGAGAGAGAGAGAGACAGAGAGAAGGAAGAGAGAGAGAGGAGCUGUGACAGACCGAGAGAGAGAGAGACAGAGAGAAGGAAGAGAGUGAAAGGAGCAGUGACAGACAGAGAGAGAGACAGAAAGAAGGAAAAGAGAGAGGAGCAGUGACAGACAGAGAGACAGGGAGAUACAGAGAGAAGGAAGAGGGAGGAGCAGUGACAGAUCGAGAGCAAUAGAGAGAGCGAUACAGAGAGAACGAAGAGAGAGAAGAGCAGUGACAGACCCAAAGAGAGCGACAGAGAGAUGCCGAGAGAAGGAAGAGAGAGAGGAGCAGUGACGGACUGUUUUUAAAUAGAAUGAAAUUCCUCUUUUUCACUCUAAAGGUCUUAUUGCUUCUCAGCUGACUCAUGAAGGAAGAUGGAAUAAAAGGUUAGCGUAGCACCCAAAGUACUGCAGGAGAAAUAGGAUGUUGAGAUGAACACGGCAAGAAGAUUGCGUGCAAAGAUGGCGGUACUUAUUUGAUUGAUCUGUAUUUGGGGUCAGCUUGUGAAAAUCCUUUAAUCCUGUAGAAACUAAUUUGUGUACUUAUGUGAACCUCAUUUUUUGUUGCUCCACUGUAAUACUUGCCAGAUGAUACAAAUUGGAGGAGUUCCACAUCUUCAUAGCACAUGGCUUCUUUCUGAUAGCAGCUUGCAAUCUAAUCUAAACAAAUAAGUCUGAAAUAGAGAUAUUAAGGGUUCUGGUUUGAACCAGUUUUACUCUCUUUUUUUUUUUUUCCUUGUGGUCAUGGGCAUUUGUGUUGUAAUUAGCAUAUUUCAGAGAUUUCAGGACACUUUGCACAUGACCUCCAUUUACAGUGAACACUCUCUGUGUAACUGUGUGUGUGUGUGUGUGUGUGUGUGUGUGUGUGUGUGUGUGUGUGUGUGUGUGUGUGUGUGUGUGGGACCUCCUGCAUCUUCAUUGCUGAAACGAAUAGAGAAAGUACAGGCUGUAUACCAGCGUAGUCCUUCACAUCUUCCCCACCGAAGCCUUCAUGAAUAUUCAUAAUACAGCGCUCAUCCAGAACCCCCCGCUCUCUCCAAGCCACGUGAUGUGAAAGACAAAAACGCACUCUCAUAUUUUCAAACACUUGACUGAGGAGAUCUCGAGCCUGUUAGGCUGUAUUUUCUUCUCUUUGUUCCGCUUUGCCAGUCUCCAUCAGCGUCCACAAUCGGUGCCUUUGUUGCUUGGAUGAGAGGGGACAUUCUUCCAGAGGGAUGAUUUUUCUCGUCUCCACAGGCUCUGGCACUGCACACGUCUGCCCCCGCACCGGCCUCAGUGCCAGGCUGGAGUCCCUCUCAAGCUGACAGACGCAUACAAGCAUUGCAGAGGGACAGGAUGUAAACAUGGUUCAUGUUUGAUACAUUGGAAAUGCACAACUGCUUCCUCCAGCAUGUCCUCCUGAACACAAUGACCAUAUGAUGACUGUAUGUCCCUCAUCAUUAGCUUAUGGCAUGGCGUAGAGCAGGACUUGGACAUGCCGAGGCGACGAGACGUCCUUGCGCUAGUGCUAAUUGUGCUGCCAUGGACUUUACUCAUCAGCAUGUGGCAUCAGGGUCCUGCCACGCCACAGCCCGUUGCACAUAAGAAUGGUAGGCAUGAGGUCAUCAGCAUCAACGUACGAAGAAAUCACCUCAAAGAAAAAUGCAUCACGGAUAACAGCGUCCUCCGAGAACGUUCAUUUGGGCGUCCUCCACCGUGGUCCGACCUGCUGCCCACCAUCCACGUCAUCACGCCUACCUACACCCGAGCCGUGCAGAAAGCCGAGCUCACGCGCCUAUCCAACACGCUCCUGCAUGUCCCUAACCUGCACUGGAUUGUGGUGGAAGAUUCUCCACGCAGGACGCCGCUCGUCUCCAGACUGCUGAGGAGCUCCAUGAUCAAAUACACACACCUGAAUGUGGAGACGCCACGCGUUCACCGGAUGCGCAGGGAGGCGAGGGGUCGUCGCGUGCCACGUGGAACAGUGCAGAGGAACCUCGGCCUGCGCUGGCUCCGAGAAAACCUUGGCAACAAAGCCCGGCAACAGGGGGUUGUAUAUUUUGCUGACGACGACAACACGUACAGCCUGGAGCUGUUUGAGGAGAUGCGUUCAACCCAGAAGGUCUCCGUCUGGCCCGUCGCCUUUGUAGGCGGCCUACGUUACGAGUCGCCUAAAAUCAACAGCCUGGGGAAAGUGUACGGCUGGAGCACCGUCUUCGACCCUCACCGGCCAUUUGCGAUCGACAUGGCAGGGUUCGCCAUCAACCUCCAGCUCAUCCUCAGUAAACCUCAGGCCUGUUUUAAGCUGAAUGGCGUUAAAGGAGGAUACCAGGAGAGCAGUUUGCUGGGGGAGCUGGUCACUCUCAGCGAGCUGGAGCCCAAGGCUGAUAACUGCACAAAGGUGCUGGUGUGGCACACCCGGACUGAAAGGCCUCUGCUGGUGAACGAAGGGAAAAAGGGCUUCACCGAUUUCAACGUGGAGAUAUGAAUAAUAUAGAGAGGUAUUUAAAUAUCGACCGCUUAGCAGUUUAUUCGCAACAUCACAGCACAUAACGUGGGAAGUUGCAGUAAUGUUCUAAGAUAAAAGUUGCACUGCACGGACUGGACAUCGUACGAAGCCACGGAAUAAACAGCUUAUAAUCACUACUGAACUUCCACUAAGCCUUUAGAAGCAUUUUCCAGCCGCUGUUCUGUAUCAGGACGGAUCUCUGAUUUCUCACACUGAGGAUCAGCGGCUGAAGAAAAAGGCCGUUGUUCGGCGUGAGUCAGCUCUGAGCAAUAGUUUCAUUAUCACAGCGAUUGUGAACGUCAUGUUUAUCCAAGACACACUGAGCCAUUCAGGUCUAAAUGACACAUACUUUUUUGUUUGGUGUUUUUUUUUUUUUUUUCUUUUCCAGAAUGUCAAGAGUUAUUUUGUUCUCAACACAGAACAGAAACUCAUGGAUAAAAUGUCGGUGUUAAAAAAAUGUUUGGAGUCGUAAGCGAACCCUUCACACAGGUUACGUACACUGCAUGUGAAAAGAUUGGGGACGCUUCACCUUUUCCACUUACAGCGGAAUGAAAGUUUGCACACCCCUAGGACAAAAUGAAAUGUUUUUUGGUUUAGUUUCGUCAAUUUUACUUCAGUGUUACAAGUAUUGAAAAUUGCACAUUUAGAUAUAGAUUCAGUGCAAUAUACGGUAGUGCAGACCCAGAGACACAAACCUCUCAUGUGGGCGGGGCUUAACAGAGCUUUACUCUCAUUGGCUAGUGAGAUUAGGAUCGACAGCUUUCUGGCCUGGAAGUAAAAACUUCAGUGUGGUGAAUUUUAGAGAGCGUUCUGGAUGCGGUUCUCGGUAUAGUUAUAGUGUUUAUACUUUGGAGUGGAAAUUACUUAGCGUAUUAAUUAGUCAGUAUGUUACUUCGUAAUUAAUAUGUGAGGAAGUCUCAUAUGACGGUUUUUUCGAGAUGAGCUCCCAGGAACGGUACGGAGCGUCGUCAUCAUGAUCAACUUCCUCCUCAGCUGGACACUCGAGCCGUCGAUACAAAUCUCACUAGGCAAUGAGAGUAAAUUGCUGUUAAGCCCCGCCCACAUGAGAAGUUUGUGCCAGAAUGGUGAACGUAAACUUGAACGUUAAAUGAAAAAAUUCAUAAUUACCAAUGUAAAUUAUUAUCUAAAAAUUGUGUACAGGUGUGCAACCUCAAAUUAUAAUUAUUAACAAAUUUUAAAUUAUUAUAAAUAGUGUAAUAUGAAAGGAGACGCUUAUUAGACUCUUAUUAGACUUUUUUUUUCUUCCUUUUUGUGGAAUUGAGUAAAAAAAAUCGAUGGAUAAAUCUCAGAUUUGACAUUUUCUUAAAUUAUUAUUGUUUUUAUUAUUUAAAACUUUAAAAAAAAAAAAAGGUGCAACCCUCUACUUCUCAUCACUGCCAUAUGACAAUAUAGCAUAGUCCUGGAUUAAAAAAAACAUCACCAUUAAAAUAUAGUUAGAUAUAGACACAUGACUUUGAAAUUCUUUUUUGAUGAAUGACGAAAGCUGUAUUUUCCUGUUCAGGUUUUUGUCAAGGUUUUCAUGUGUAACACCUGAAGACUUCAAGGAAAACAUUUCAAAAAGCUACAGGUUUUGCAGGAGUCCCCUGACUUUUAGACAUGGCGGCGUGUCAUUAUUUGUUUCCUUUAUGGCAUGAAUAAAGAACCGAUAUUCUCCUAGACACUAACGGCACACUGUAGUAGCAAAAACAACGACUUCCUCAAUCACUGCUUGUUUAAAAGCCAUGUGUUAAUUCUACGAUUUCUAUUCAUCGUGCCUUCCUCAUGUUCUAAUGUCUUUAUUUUUGAUCAUGUCUCUCUGUAUCAGCUUAGUUCAUUUUAGUUAAGACAGAUAAGAGGAAACAGGCAAUAAAAAUGAACAAUACCACA